UCGGCCUUAAUGAGGCAUGUAGGUGUCAUCUUUAGCCGGCCUCUCGCUAUGUAGUGCGAUCUUACAUAUUGGUGCCCCUCCUGGAAUCCACCCAAGUGGAUAAGAUAUACUGUAGUGUGAAAUUGAAGAUGACAAGAAAUCUAAAACAAAAUUUGCAUGCAUAGGGGGGUCAUAUUGCAGAUGGUUUUCAAGUGUGGCGAUCAAGGUAUUUGGCAUAUUGCAUUAAAAAUUUGCUAAUAGAAUUGUUGUGUGAAUCAACAGCAAUACGAAAGAUAAAAUCCUCUGCUUUCAUAUUUCAAGAUUACUAGUAUAACAAGCCAUGAAAGUGUCAUGGAUACUGCCUUUUUGGGUGGCAGCGUUUCUGGCAUUGAUUUCUCUUGAAGCUUGCAGUUUUGCAGCCAAUUUGGAUGCUGCUGGGUCAUUUCGAGAAUAUUGGAGCGAUGCCUCAUCUGAAGAAAUCGCUCAAUUGGAUUGCCAUGAUACCAAGACAGCACCACCCACAUGGCGAAACGUUUUAGGCAUGGCUUCCCAGUGGCAAAAACAGAAGGCUAAUGAUACAAAUAUAGGACCCAGGUGGCCCCCUCUUAGGUUUGGAUUAAGAACUGUAUCAGCGACCGUCUUGACAGUUGCUGCAGCGAGUGUUGCCAGUGCUGGGGGAAUUGGUGGUGGUGGGCUAUUUAUCCCAAUUCUGAAUUUGGUAUUGCAGUUUGACAGCAGAACCUCGGCAGCACUGUCAGCUUUCAUGGUCUUGGGGGGUUCCAUUGCUAGUGUGAUAUACUAUAUCCCUAGAGGCCAUCCUGACUUCAAUCAUGAGCCUCUGAUAGACUAUGAAAUUGCCCUGCUCCUCCAGCCUAAUAUGCUGCUGGGCAUAAGCCUGGGAGUCAUCGGUAACGUGAUGUUUCCUGAAUGGCUUAUUACUUCCCUGCUUGCUUCAUUUCUUUCAGUUAUUACCUUCUCUAGUUGCAAGAGUGCACUCAGGCAGUGGCAAACAGAGACAUUUCAUUACCAAAGAAAAUCUGAACUUGACACAGAGAAAAACUAUACAUUGUCUAUGGCUCAUGAAGGUGAGAUACUCCAAGAAAAUGCCCUGGAGAGUUCAUCAAGAAAUCUCAUCUUAGAUUAUCACAAUGGAACCCCAAAAGAAAUAUGCAAUGGAAUCGAUAAACGAAGAAGUGAUGAAACACAGUCAGAGGACAUUAUAAUGCAACUGCCUUCCAGUAUCGUGUCUGAAGAAGGUAGAAAGAGUCUGCAGGUACCACUUUUAAAUGGAAAGCGGAUGCAAUCUUCAGCUGUUCCCGUGAAGGAAUGGACUUUACUGGUGCUUGUGUGGGUUUCAUUUUAUUUGGUGAACAUACUCAGAGGAGGCCAAUAUAAGAAGGCAUGUGAACAUGAUGGUGCAGUCUAUUUUUGGAAUAUCUUUCACAUACAACCAUGUGGACUUGGAUACUGGCUUAUAUCGGGACUUCAAAUUCCUCUUGCUCUUGCAGUGACAUUUUGCAUGGCAUCUCGAUCUGGAAAUUCAGGAAUUCAUUUCAAUGAAAAGGUACCAUCAAAAACUACUACUAGAGGUUGUGAAACAGUUUUGUUUUCAACAAUGGCAUUGGUAGCAGGAAUGCUUGGAGGUAUGCUUGGUGUAGGGGGAGGAAUGAUUAUAAACCCUUUUCUUCUCCAAAUUGGACUGUCACCUCAGGUAACAGCUGCAACAUGUGCAUUCAUGGUGUUUUUCUCUGCUUCCAUGUCUGUAGCACAGUUUUUGUUGUUAGGAUUGGUACCUUUGGAGCAUGCAGUUUUUUUCUCAAUUGCAAGCUUUAUUUCUUCAGCGUUAGGUCUUGUCAUCAUCCAACGAGCAAUCACGAAACAUGGGAGAGUUUCCCUAAUCAUUUUCUCUGUUAGCACUGUAAUGGCCAUAAGUGCCAUCCUUAUGACCACCUUUGGAGCAAUUGACGUAUGGAGACAAUAUCAACACGGAGAUUAUAUGGGUUUCAGAGCACCAUGCUGAAGCUUCUGUAAAUUUUGGAUUAGUUGAGCUCUUUACCUUACAGUUUAAAGUAUUUGACGUAAUUCCAAUAUAAGAACACCUUAGUAGCAAAGUUUAUUAAUAAGUUCAAGACUAAAUGAGAACUGAAACUGAUUCAAGCUACUGGAUGCCAUAUUUAGUUCAUCAUUUAUAUGGUGGGGUACCCCUCGAAACCAGAUUAGGGCUGGGAACAUUUCAGCUGUAUAAAUUGGGGAGCAAUUUUAUGGUAUUCACUUGAAUUUGACUGAAAAAAUGUAUAUAUGACAGUUAACUGUCCAAGAUGGAACAUGGUAUGUAAUAGCAGAAACAUAUGCUGAAGAAAAUCAUAUCGUAAUGAGAACUACUAUUGUGGGAGAAUUAAGGGUUCCCAUUAGCCAUUAGACUAUUGCAGUAGUACCGAGAUAAAGGGUACCAUGGAAAUACCUGUUUUCUACCAGACACUUUCGAUACCGACUAAUCAGGGCGGGGUUUUGCAGGGCAAGACACCGCCUAGCUUCCCUAAACCAGGGAUUCCCUUUUGUAUGAUAGCCCACUAGAUUUUGGUUAAUUCA